GGUCUUUAAUAUGUUAAAACAGUCGUUACUCAGUUUUAUUGAGUUGUUACCUUUAGCUACAAUACUAAAAAGGAAAGGCUUCUCCGUUUCGAACUUUGGUUAUCCUUCGAGAGACGACUUCAUCAUCAAUCACGCACGCAACCUAAUAGACGUUUUGAAUAGUUUAUCUUCGAGAGAGACGCGAACCUUUCACUUUGUAACGCAUUCGCUUGGUGCGAUAAUACUUCGCACGGCUCUAGCGCAACCAAAUUGUCCAGAAACCGCUAAAUCAGGACGUCUUGUUUUGUUAGCACCACCUCUUAAAGGUAGUAAAUUUGCAAGAUAUCUGCAGUCCAGAGAUUUGGGAGGAAAGUUACCCAAAUGGAUGGAAACCACUUCCAAGUGGAUUGUCGGUGACUGUACAGGUCGACAGCUCAUGACUAUGUCCGUUCAAGAGUUCGACGACAUGCCAUACUUUCCAUCUUCCACUUCAAUAUUAGUCAUUGCAGCGGAAAUGGGUCGUUUAAAUCCCCUACUGGAAGGAAGAAAUGAUGGAGUUUUAGAAGUUGAAGAAACGAUGCUCGGUCAACCUCACUAUCGGUUACUUGUACGAGGAACUCAUAAUAGUCUGCUGUUUCAACCAAAGGUUAUUGAGUGCAUCCUAAAUUUUUUAUGUGAGAAAAAAGUCUCAACUGAUAUCAUCUAUGUUCAAAAUAAACGUCUCUUGUAAAAACAGCCAAAAUACAACUAG